GUAACACGCGGAAUACAUAUACAUACGUAACUAUAGUUAUAUAUCGUGGUGUAAUAUACUUACUUGAAACUUAGAAGUUAUUAUUUUGGACACUGAAAAGAUUUUGGAUUUUAAAAGGAUCCGAACAAUGAGAAACCGCAUCGCUGUGGUGAAAUGGCCGCUCAAGGAACUUUGCCCGAGAAAUUUUCACACGACUGUUGCAUAUAGUCAAGCAGGUGAUGAUAAAGGAUCAACCCUGUCUACACAGUGUCCAAGUCAUCGGGCGAGGUCAACUCAUGCAGUGGCAACCGUCUUCGAACCCCUGGCUUCAUCAGUAAAGAGCUGGGAUGAAGUACCUGGGCCGAAACCUUUACCAUUGCUUGGAAAUACCUGGCGAUUUAUACCACAUAUUGGAGGAUACUCUGUGGAACACGUGGACAAAGUAUGUAUGUCGCUUCGUAAGCAGUAUGGAAAGUGCGUCAAAAUGGCCGGACUGAUCGGUCGAGCUGAUAUGCUGUUUGUUUUUGAUGCCGGAGAAGUUGAGAGAGUCUUUAGAAGUGAAGAUACGGCACCUCACAGACCCUCUAUGCCAUCAUUAAAUUACUACAAACAUAAGUUACGGAAAGACUUCUUCGGAGCGGAGAAAGAUUGUGCUGGAGUUAUUGCCGUGCAUGGUGAUUCGUGGGCGGCGUUUCGGACGAAGGUGUCUCGAGUAGCGCUCAGCACGGGUGCUGCUGCUCAGUAUACGGAACAAGUAGCAGAUGUCGCCGACGCAUUUAUAUCUAGGAUGCGGAAUAUUCGAAACAAAGACUCUGAGACUCCUGCCGAUUUUUUAAAUGAAAUACACAAAUGGUCUUUAGAGUCUCUUGGUUUGAUAGCACUGGACACAAGACUGGGCUGUUUCGAAGCCACCGACGGAUCUGAUAGCCAGCAAUUGAUUGAUGCCGUUCACACCUUCUUCCUCUGUGUUGGAGAGCUGGAGCUACGAGCUCCGUGGUGGAGGAUCUAUCCCACAAAGAUGUUCAGAAGAUAUGUCGCCGCGCUUGAUACUAUACUGAGUGUUACUCUCAAGCACGUGGAAAAAGCGCUUCAGCAAUGUGGCAAUGGGAGCAGCAGAUCUCUGUUACAAGACCUGGUCACAGCUGCUGGCACCAGGGUUGCGGCUGUAGCAGCUCUUGACAUGUUUCUUGUUGGCAUUGACACGACCUCAAAUGCGGUGGCAUCAACUUUGUACCAACUGUCACGAAGGCCAGAAGUUCAGGAGCGUUUGCACGAGGAAAUAUGUAAUGUUUUGAAAGAUGCUCCACUAAAGCCAGGCGAUAUUAACCGCAUGCCAUAUUUGAAGGCUUGUAUCAAAGAAGUUAUGAGAUUGUAUCCAGUUGUGAUUGGCAAUGGGAGACAAUUAACGAAAGAUACUGUAAUAUGUGGAUACAAUAUACCGAAAGGAACGCAAGUAAUAUUUCAACACUACGUAAUGGGAAACAGCGAGGAAUAUUUUGAAAAUGCAUCGGAGUUCCUUCCGGAGCGGUGGCUUGAUAGGUCCUCGUUCAAACAUCCCUUCGCGUCACUUCCUUUCGGAUUCGGAAAGAGAAUGUGUCUCGGAAGAAGAUUCGCGGAACUUGAAAUGCAUGUUGUAAUUAGCAAGAUAGUGCAAGCCUUCAAACUGGAAUAUCAUCACGAACCCCUGGACUACCAUAUCCAUCCAAUGUACACUCCCGAUGGACCACUGCGCCUUAAGCUAAUUGAAAGAUAAUAAUUGCAUGUAUCUUAAGUUUAUCUUGUAUGUCAAACUAAUGGACUGAAAGUACCUAUUAAGGUAUUUGCAAAAUAAAUUACUUACAAAGGAAAAUCCCGACUUCAAAUACAAAAAAAUCAAUGCUAAACGCAUUAUUCAUAAUUGUUUAUCGAACAUAAUAUAAACCAAUAAUAGUUAGAAUGUAUUUUAAGCCAUUUGUUCUUUUGAAAUUCAUCUUAUACCAUUAUGUAUGCUAUAUAAACAUAAGAUAGCUAUUAUAUGCCUUCAUCGUAUACAGUGACUACUAUUUCGAAGUAAGACACGUGAUUUUAUUCUAUUUACUUCAAUUUUUUUCUAAGAACAAACGGACGGAAGGACACGAAAAAAAAAUGGUGAGAUAUAGAGUUAGAAUAUACUAGUGUUACUUAAACAGAUCACGCCAGUUGAAUACAGUCGGGGUCAGGUGAAGAGAGGGAGCAUCUCCCCCCGCUGUCCGCACACCUCGCCCCGCGUGUCUGUAGUGUAGUGAUGUGCAGUAGUCGUCAGUUAUCGUACGAUUACCGUGUUAUUGCGGUAAUACUGAAGUUGCGAUCUCGUGAUAUUUUUUUUAUUUUAAUAAUGACUGAUCCGUGUCGAUCAGGUUCCGUUCCAAAAGAAACGAGUUUUUAUUAAUCACCAAGCAAGAGAAAUGGCGAAAAAUGUCUCAGACAUGUGUGUUGAAGAAAGGCAGAAUAAAAAUUAAAUAUUAAAUAUUUUUUUUCAUUUUAACCUAGUGUAAAAUGGUAAACUUAAAGCAUGGUUUAAUUUUAGCGACACACACAUGAUUAUGAUCUUCAAUUAUAAUAAGGUCACAUCACUAUUGCAUUCUACAUUGAACUCUACAUUCAACUCGCGAGUUAUAUGAACACACGGGGUGAGCGUGUGGCAGUAAGGGACAAGAUAAAUAAACGUCACCAUAUUUAGGGUUACCGUGUAAGAUACAUUUUUUCCACAACUAGUGACAGAAUAAGAAAUUAUUAUUACAAUACCAAACUAAUGUCUGUGAAAGAAUAUAUUAUUGUCUGAUAUAGAAGUAACUAUGUACUUUGGACCUACGCAAACCUUUUUACUCUGGGAAACAGCCAACGGCCAAUCACCAUCAUAAGGUUAAUGUCUGUUAAGACCAUAAUUAUUAUCUCUGUUUUUAAAGGCUGGCCGCGGAUUUUUGCAAUAGUCUAACGGCCUUACAAAUAAAAUUGGCACAAUGUUAUAACUAAGCAUAAACCAAGAAUAUGUAAAAUGUUUACAAAUAGACAUUUUGCUUACGAAUGGUUUGUUCGGACGUAUAACGUUUCCCGCGUUUAUUUGCAAGGCAGCUUGUCAUUCGGAAGACUUCAGAAUUAUCAUUGUAUUAACAGUGUUGUGAAUGAUAUUGUAAACAUUUUGCAUUUUUUUUUUGUUUAUUAUCAGUUAUAACUUUAUACCAAGUUUAUUUGUAAGGCCGUAAGAGUUAAGUCAUAGAAUAAUUUGACAGUCCAUCGGCCGCUCGAGGUGGAGUGCUGCUAGCACGGAAGUGAAAUAAUUUCAUCCAUAAUUGCAUAUUGUACUUAGAUACCAAAACACUUAAAAGCCGAAAAAAUUUUUUUGAAUGUCUGCCCUUCUGAUGUUCAUUGCUAUGCCUUACGAAGUGCAUUUGAUGAUUUUGUAAAGUACUUUAAAUAUUUGUUUAGUAACUAAGUCACAAUAGAUAUAUAUUAUGUAACACAAUUUAUGAAUAAAUAAAUAAUUAAGAUUAUUUUCAACUUUUAAUUUAAUAAUAAAUAGGUACCUAGUUUGAUUCGUUGAUAAGCAUACAUAAAAAAUAAGAUUUAUGAAUUAUAUAUUAGCAAAUAGUUCAAUGGACAGAUGGUUGGUGGGCAGUAAAGUCCUCGAAUGGCAAACACGUACCGGAAGACGUAGUGUUGGUAGGCCAACACAAGAUGGACCGUCGAUCUGGUCAAGAUUGGUAUAGGUUGGAUUAAGGCAGCGCAGGACCGAUCAUCGUGGAGAUCUUUGGGAUCUUUGUCCAGCAGUGGACGUCUUUCGGCGGAAGUGCUAAUGACGUUAAUCAUCAGGUUAGGUAUUGUUAUAUAAUUAUUAUAUACUUAUUAAUUAGUAAUUAAAGCAUUAUUUUCUGAUAA